AUGUCGUCUCACAAGGAUAGGAUCGACACCUCCGGUGGCACUCGAGAAAUCCUCACCCGCUUACAUGAAAUCGAGGCAAUGCUCAAGAAUCAGUCACAUCAAAUCUCAGAAAUCAGAGAGCCCCAUAUUGGUGCCCAUGCUGUCCCCAAGGCCCUGCCCCCUGGCCGCAUAUCGGCCCUAGCAAGAGAGCGUCCGAAUGCUACCAUGCCCUCGCCCUGGUCAUUCUCCGGAUUAGACAUCCAACCAAAUUUGCCAGAACUACCCCCAUUGACAAUCCCAGUCAAACACAAAACAUCCUCUAGUUACCUCCUGAGCUUACCCUCGGUCAAAUCCCUCAUCGGGGAGUAUCCGACCGAUUUGUUUUUCAUGUUAGAAUCACGAGCUCACCUCCCUCCGGAGCUGUCGUUCGAGAGAUGGCCGUCAGUACCAGAACCAUCAAUUGAAAUUGAAAACGAUCUGGCUACUAAUUUAGUAUCUAUCUUCUUCGCGUCAGCUCAUCAUAAUCAUCCGAUCUUGGAUCCAGGCAGGUUUCAAGAUAUCUUCAGCGGGUUUCUGGAGAAUGGGCCUGAUUCGAGUAUUGAAUCGACUUUAUGCAUGGUUGUGCUAGCACUUGGUGCCGUCGCUGGUUUACCAUCAGAUGCGCAUGCAUUUCUUCAUUCGCCCCCAGGCAUGGAGUACAUGCAGCACGCCAUGCCAACCCUCCUCAGCCAGUCUGCAUGGUCAUUCUCAUCUAGCCUCGUGCUACCACAAGCGCUUGUUCUUGCUAGCGUGUACUUCGCAUAUAUCGUCCGCCCCCUUCAAAGUUGGCGACUCAUCUACUCCGCCACGACGAUAAUUCAGUUCAAACUUUCAGGAAUUGACAGCCAACAGAAAGAACCUUGGUGGCGAGAGAGCUUGAUCCGUCUAUUUUGGUCCUGCUUUUUGAUUGAGUGCGAUCGACUCGCCGAGCUGGAACUCCCACGAAGUGGUUUGCAACAACUGACCGACGAAAUUAGUCUUCCGGAAUGCACUAAUCUUGGGAUGAUGCAAUCGACCUGCUACCUGGCAGAGAUAUCUAUUCGAAGAUUACUAAACCGUGUGCAUAAUUCCCUCUACCCGAGCAAAAAGCACGGUUUAACGCUAUCGUCCACCACAUUGACCACACCGGAGGAGUUUUCUAUGGAUGAUAUAUCAUCCAUGAGUGCAGUUUGCGAUGAGCUACGUUCACAACUCGAGUUGUGGCAUUCUUCGAUACCAGACAGCAUUCGUCCAAAACUCAACAUCGAAGCUUCCAUGCAGGAAUCGGAUGAUCGCCAGGCAAUACUACGGAUUCGGUAUUUUGCCGCGCGUCAUAUCAUAUACAGGCCAUUUGUCCUCUUUAUUGUGACUCACGAUUUCACCUGCAUAUCCCAUGAUAUUGUUGAGAAGGCUGGGAUUUGCAUCGAGAGCUGCCGAUGUUACGUUCACAGCACCACCCGGAUCCUGAAGCACCCGAGCCAGUACACAUGGACAUUCUCUUUAUCAUCACUGGGUGCCAUUGUCAUUUUAACGCUCGCUUCACUCAAUCCCGCUUUGCAACAUUUGGUGGCCGAUAUUGACGCACUACAAAGCCUGGCUUUGAAUAAUAUCCGACCGUGGGCUUUUUCCAGCCUUGAAGCUGUUAUAACUAUACUUGAAGAUGUUCAGAAAAAGCAAAGACUUUUCACGCGUAUGAAUCGCUGA